AGUUCUGAAAGUGCCUGACAAGACAAAGAAGCUGCAGAGGAAGAGGUGAUGCCAUGGCAGCUAUUCCAACACCACCACCACCCACAGCUCUGCCUUCAGAUAUCCCUGACACUCCACUCUCUUCUCUCAUUCAUAAACAAGAAAUGUCGACCAGCCCCUUUAUGAAGAAGAUGAAUGUGCCGACUUCACAAGAUGACGUCAACGUAACUGUCAUAGGAGCUGUCAUUGCUGUGGUUUUCAUCACUCUCUGUUCGGUUGUUGUGCUGAUCGUCAUCUACCUGUACAAGAACAAAGGCAGUUACCACACCUAUGAGCGCCCUGAAGCAGAUCCAGAGGGCUCUGUCCAGAUGGAAGACCUGUCUUGUAAAGGCGAAAAGGAAGAAUAUUUUAUAUAAAAGGACGCCAGGCUGCCAGUACAUUUUGGACACUAGGAUAUUAAGUAAAGAGCUUAUUUAUUUCAUGUUGUUUUAUAUCACAUCUUAGCCUGAGUUAGGAGCUCAAGCUUAACCAGGGGUUAUAGAUUAUGAUGGACCCUGAAAUGUUCAAAGGUUAGAUUAAUGUGUAAAUAUCAUAGAUGACAGAGGUGGGGAAGAUGUGGCCUUCCAGUAUGAUUGGAUUACAGUUCCCAUCAUCCAUCACCCUUGGCUAUGCUGCCUAGUGUUAUUGAGACAUAGUCCAACGUGUAUGGAAGACCACAUGGAUUACAGUUCCCAUCAUCCAUCACCCUUGGCUAUGCUGCCUAGGGUUGUUGUGGCACAUAAUCCAAUAUGUAUGAAAGGCCACAUGGAUUAGUUCCCAUCAUCCAUCACCCUUGGCUAUGCUGCCUAGGGUUGUUGUGGCACAUAGUCCAACAUGCAUGGAAGGCCACAUGGAUUACAGUUCCCAUCAUCCGUGACUCUUGGCUAUGCUGCCUAGGCUUGUUGUGGCACGUAGUCCAACAUGUAUGGAAGGCCACAUGCUCCCCAUGCCUGAUCUACAGCCUCAACUACCCUCCAGCUUGUUUAUUUGGGGUUAGACAUGUUAAUCUGAAUACUGAUACUUACUUCCUUGUUCUUGCAGUAGAAUUGUCACAUGGGUGUGAGAAUACAAGAGGGACGGUCGGGCUGAAUGACAAGCUAUUUCCAGCACCUGUAACAAAAAUGUAGUUUGUCUUUUCCCAGAAUGCAUAGCCUAUGCAUAGGCUUCCCUGGAGUUUUCCAUCCAGCAGUAUUAAAUAUUCACACACCCGUGAAACUGAAAUACACAUUUAGUGUCAUUUGAAACUGUCCAGUUGGUUAGUCUGUUCCAUGUGUUGAAUUCUAUAGUCAUCCCAGGACUGGAAUAAACAGGUUUCUUGUUUUAGUCUAAA